GUCCGCGGCGGGCCAAUGUCGUCGCCACCCGGCCGCCGCGCCCGCGUGUCGUCCCCAGGGACUAGCCGCCAGGGCUCCGGUGCCCGCGAGGAGAUGCGGCGCCGCCUGAAGGACCUCAUCGAGGCCAACAGGGUGAUGAUCUUCAGCAAGAGCUACUGUCCACACAGCACGAGGGUGAAGGAGCUCUUUUCAUCCUUAGGCGUGGACUAUAACAUCCUGGAACUUGAUCAAGUUGAGGAUGGGGCCAAUGUUCAGGAAGUGUUGACAGAAAUCAGUAACCAGAAAACAGUGCCCAAUAUUUUUGUGAAUAAAGUACAUGUCGGCGGAUGUGACCAAACUUUCCAGGCACAUCACAAUGGUUUACUGCAGAAGCUCCUUCAGGAAGACCUGGCUCAUGACUAUGAUCUCAUUGUCAUCGGCGGGGGUUCUGGCGGCCUCUCUUGUGCAAAGGAAGCUGCCAACUUGGGAAAGAAGGUCAUGGUGCUAGACUUUGUGGUCCCAUCGCCUCAGGGCUCAUCCUGGGGCCUUGGUGGCACCUGUGUAAAUGUGGGCUGUAUUCCUAAGAAGCUGAUGCACCAGGCAGCCCUCCUGGGGCAGGCCUUGCAGGACUCGAGGAAGUUUGGCUGGGAAUAUAACCAGCAGGUAAAACACAACUGGGAAGUCAUGACAGAAGCAAUUCAGAACCACAUUAGCUCCUUGAACUGGGGCUACCGGCUGACCCUUCGGGAGAAAGGCGUGAACUACGUCAACUCCUACGGGGAGUUUGUCGAGCUGCACAAAAUCAAGGCAACCAAUAAAAAAGGACAGGAGAGUUUUUACACUGCUUCAAAGUUCGUCAUAGCAACAGGUGAAAGGCCACGGUACUUGGGAGUCCAAGGAGAUAAGGAGUACUGUAUUACGAGUGAUGACCUCUUCUCUCUGCCAUACUGCCCUGGGCGCACGCUAGUCGUAGGUGCCUCCUAUGUCGGUCUGGAGUGUGCGGGGUUCCUGGCUGGCUUGGGGUUAGACGUGACAGUUAUGGUACGCUCUGUCCUUCUUCGUGGCUUUGAUCAAGAAAUGGCAGAGAAGGUGGGAUCCUACCUGGAACAACAAGGUGUCAAGUUCCAGAGGAAAUUCAUUCCUGUUUUGGUUCAACAAAUGGAAAAAGGCUCACCUGGAGUAUUGAAAGUCGUGGCUAAGUCCACGGAAGGACCGGAAACAGUUGAAGGGACAUACAACACGGUUUUAUUAGCAAUUGGUCGUGACUCCUGUACAAGGAAAAUAGGGCUGGAGAAGAUCGGGGUCAAAAUCAAUGAGAAGAGUGGCAAAAUACCAGUAAACGAUGUGGAACAGACCAACGUUCCUCAUGUGUAUGCUAUUGGGGACAUACUGGAGGGCAAACCAGAGCUCACGCCUGUUGCCAUUCAGGCAGGCAAGCUGCUAGCCAGAAGACUCUUCGGGGCCUCUUUGGAAAAGUGUGACUAUGUUAACGUCCCAACCACGGUGUUCACACCUCUGGAAUAUGGCUGCUGUGGGCUGUCUGAAGAGAAAGCCAUCGAAGUGUAUAAAAAAGAGAAUCUGGAAGUAUACCACACCUUGUUUUGGCCUCUGGAGUGGACAGUCGCUGGAAGAGACAACAAUACCUGUUAUGCAAAGAUAAUCUGCAACAAAUUCGACAAUGAGCGUGUGGUAGGAUUUCACCUUCUGGGGCCAAAUGCUGGUGAAAUAACACAGGGAUUUGCAGCUGCAAUGAAAUGUGGGCUUACGAAGCAGCUAUUGAAUGAUACUAUUGGAAUCCAUCCCACAUGUGGUGAGGUGUUUACAACGCUGGAAAUCACGAAGUCCUCAGGGCUGGAGAUUACUCAGAAAGGCUGCUGA